AUGGACAAUGCCGGAGGACAUGAUGCCGCCUUGGAGGGCGUGUCAGGCAGCUUGCUUGCGGAUGAACUUUUGGAAGGAACAACAGAAGAGAUCGAUCCGAGGGGCGACCUUAUACUCGUGGUUGGGCCCCGUCGCCUUUUGGUCUCGUCGAAAGUCCUCGAGUUGUCCUGUCCGUUCUUCAAGACCAUGCUCCGGUCAAACGCUUUCCACGAAGGCGUCGAGCAGCCAAAUAUCGACAAACCGCCCGUCAAGAGCCUGCGUGACGAUCAUCCGGACAUGUUCGCCUUGAUCUGUCGCGUUCUCCACUACCUUCCAGUUUGUCCGCCUGCCUCUAUGGAGGACUACCGCGCCUUGGCCGACUUGUGCGAUUUCUACGGCUGUCGUUGGGCUCUGUCUUUUCACGUGCGGGCUUGGAUGGAGGCUCUGACCUUGUCGAGCCUUUCUACCUAUCAACUCCAAACGUCCCUAUGGGCAGCGUACGUCUUUCAUUUGGUAGAUCUGUUUGGUCGCGUCAGUGUCCAAUUGGCAGAAGCCAUGACACCUCAAGAAUGGAGGGAUUGGGAAGUGCAUCCUAUGCCAGCCCGAUUGAAAGACGAUAUGAGACACCUUUGCGAAAGUGUCAAGUACGCAGUCCAACUGCGGAUUGAGGAUGCCCUUGACGCGGUGGGUGAGAAUAAUGAAAGGCACACUGGCAAACGCGACAAAAUUUGCAGCCAGUGCUAUCGCAACAAGCCCUCGGCAACGAAGAAAUGUGGCAAUUGCGGGUCCAGCGAGUUUCAGGACUACUUCUGUACGAAGGAGCUACGCUUGUCACUCUUCAAAGAAUGGCUUCAGUCACGAGGUUACUGGCCUUUGAGUCGGCUAAAUAACCAAAGCUGCCGGAGUUACCUGCGAAACAUGCAUGGCUGCAUUGACAGCCGGACCCCGUGCGGAUUCGACAACUCUUGCCCUUUGACGGAAGCGAAGGAACACUUGACCACAACCCUAAGGAGUACGCUCGGUGAUUUCGCGGGCUUGUUGCUGGGAGUCUACGACGACGAGUAUCUCCGACAGUCCCCUCUGGUGGCUGUGCCGAAGGUUCUGAGGUCACCGACUUCAUGA